AUGUCAUCCCCUGAGCAAAGUGAAAUAAGCCAGAAGGCAAAUGUAGACAGGUAUGCCCAAUUUGUUUUAAAGUUCCAGAAACCCAUUCAGCCUUACAUCUGCUCAACUCUGAAUGACUUUCAAGAAGACAGAGACUUUUUGGCAAACUACAUAUUUCCUCAGCUUAAUGAACUCUGCAAUUCCCGGGGCACGUAUUUCAAAGCCGUAGACCUGAGGUGGCCGGCGUUGAUGGCCCCGCCACCCUUAUCCUCCAACCUGUUUAGACAGCAUUCUUGUCUCCACUCCCAGUAUCUGAAGCUCUGUCUCGACUAUGUGAACACCUGCUUUCCCUUUUUCAUCUGCAUGCUGGGUCAGACAUAUGGGGACUUUCUCCCUGAGCACGUGCCUUUACUGUUCUCCAAAGCAACUGACUUGUCAAGUUUAUCCACAGUAGAGCAGAAUCUCUAUGUUGCUGCAAAAAAUGGUUAUCCUUGGGUCCUGGAGAGUCCCAACUACAGUUUGACGGAGCUUGAGAUCAUCCAAGCAGCAUUUCUGAAUGAGUCUCAAUUUCAGUAUUUUUACUUUAGGACCGGAACCACGCUGCUGAAGACUUUAGAUGAGGAAAAAGAGAGGCUGUCCUCAGGCUCUCUGAAUGACGAAGAAAAAUUAAAGAUCGGAAAACUUAAGGCCAAGAUUAUUAGCAAAGGACUCCCUGUCCGAUUUUAUAAAGAUCUCCACGAGUUGGGUGAGCUGGUUUUCAAGGACUGGUCAGUUGUGAUAGAACAACUUUACCCAGCCACUUUAAUGAUUGAAAAUAUGGACUAUAAGCACAAGUUUGAACGUUUCUAUCAUGAAGAGUUUACUGAGAAGUGCAAGCAAGUGUUUGUUAUUUCCAAGGAAUCAAGUAGAACCUUCGAAAUCUUGGAAAGAUUUGCCUUAAAGGAUGUGGGAUUUGAUUUUAACAGUGCCGCAGCAGGUUCCAGUUUAGACUCUAUUCUCAGGUUUUUCAGAAUAAAUCCUCUUCCAGUUUACAAGUCUAUUUUGCUCUUGUCUGGAGAACGUGGUUGUGGGAAGUCUACUCUGAUCGCCAACUGGGUGAAUUAUUUCAAAAAGAAAUACCCCAGCAUGUUGAUGAUCCCUCAUUUUGUGGGCAGCACUUGUGAAAGCAGUGACAUCAUGUCCGUGAUACAUUACUUCAUCACAGAGUUACAGUACAAAAACUAUGGUAGUCAGCUUGAAACUGAUCUUCUUAACGAAGACUCAAAUGCGUUGGUCUUUCCACUUCUUGUGGAAGUCUUCAUUGCUUCCAUCAGUUUAAAGCCAUGUAUACUUGUCCUGGAUGGAAUUGAAGAAUUGAUUGGCAUUUAUGGGAUUUCAGGACAGAAGGUAAAAGAUUUCUCUUGGCUGCCAUGCUUACUGCCUCCUCAUUGCAAAUUUAUCAUGAGCACUGUCUCCUCCAGCCUGUCGUACAAGUCGCUGUGUGCCCGCCCAGAUGUGAGGACAGUGGAGCUCCUGAGCGUAGGAGACGAAGAAGUGAAACUAAACAUCUUUCAACAGUACUUCUUCAUUCCCAACAAAGAUCCGCUCCGACAGAGCAAACACACUUUGAGGAAAAGAACGAACCUGAAUCCUUUAAAACUCACAAUCCUAGCAAAUGAGCUGAGAGAAUGUAGAAUCUACCGAGAUGAGUAUCAGUGUCUGAAGGAGUACUUGGAGGUGGUCUCCAUUCAGGAGCUCUGGGAAUUGAUUCUGAAACGCUGGAUUGAAGACUAUAGCUGGACUUUCAUACCAAAAAGGGCCAAUUCAGACACAGUGGCUUCAGGAGAAGCGCUGGAUGGCUGGGUGGUCGAUGCUCUGUGCUUAUUGAGCAUCUCACAUUGUGGACUGACUGAGGAUGAGAUGUUCCAGAUUUUGGACAUGCUGGGCUACAGAGAUCAUUACAAAGUGACCACGUUGCACUGGGCUGCCUUCCGCAAUGCCACCAGACACUGGGUCCAGGAGAAGCCUAAUGGCCUCCUGCACUUCAGGCACCAGUCCCUGCGGAAUGCUGUGGAGCACAAGCUUCUUGGUGUGCUCACUCCUGUCAGAGAAAGCAGUCCAUAUACCUUUCAGAAUCCAACGAAUCACAGGAAAACACAUUUCCACCGAGUCUUAGUCCGUUUCUUCCAACGGCAGACGGCUUUCUGGAGAGUGUAUGAGGAGCUGCCAUGGCACAUGAAAAUGAGCGGCUCCUGGGGGGACUUGUGCAGCUUCCUCUCAAGCCCCAGUAUCACAGACUUUAUAUCAAAGAUCCAAAACCCAAGCUUCUGGACAAGGCUGCACCUCAUCCACUACUGGAAUGUGUUAGCAGAAGUUGGAUACGAUGCUGCUGGGGCCUAUUUAUUCACGGUGGCCAAGAUUAAAGCCGAUAAGUGCCAUAAAGUGAAGAAGAGACAUACCCUCUCAGUGCUGGAAUGCAGGCUUUUUGAGGUUACCACCACUGACAAAUGCCGAUUAAUUUUCUUUAUUGCAAAACUUCUGAAGCUUAUGGGCAAGACCAGAGAAGCAGAAGAGUUGUUCUUGAGUGUCGAGAAUAUGCUAGCGCAGAGUCAGUCCUUGACAGAGAUGCUUCUCGAAGUACAGAACACUACUGGAGAACUCUACCUUGAAAUAGGAAUGACUCAGGAGGGCUUCCAAUAUUUCCAGAAAGCGUGGUCCAACCUGGUGGAUUUUUCACCCAGCAACAUGAAAGACAACCAGGACUUCGUGAAGCAGAAAGGCAGAGUGCUGAACAACCUGGCAAAGUCAGCAACUGAGAAGUACUUAAAAGAAAAUCACAUUUUGGAGUGUGCUGCUGAAAUUUCCAGCUUAUUGGACAACAGCCCCCGUGAUCAGGCUACCAUGAAAUACACCGAAGGUGUUCUGAUGUUUGUUGCUGGAAACACUUCUCUUGCAAGAAUGAGAUUUCAAGAAUGCUUAACUAUCAGGAGAAGUUUAUUUGGUGAGAAAAACAUCCUAGUUGGAGAAAUUAUGGAAUUUUUAGCAGAUUUACUAUUUUUUCUACCAGGAGACAGUGAAAGAUUCCAAAAGAAGCAAGCAAUUGAAUAUUAUAAACAAGUGAUACAAAUAAAGGAAAAUGCGGGGACUUUCACCAACUCCUCACUCGUCAGGAAGCAGCUGAGCAUUAGCCUCAGUGAUACCUUGUGUAAAUUAGGUAAUUGCUGA